GACCGCCUGCAUCUUUUACGUGUCACCCACAUCCGCACAAAGCUCUCUGGGAAAGAGAGUCCACUCCCUAAAUAAUUCAAGCCUAUUCUCCUAUUCUCACUGUUACUAACACGAUGCCGGCCGUCCAUAAAUUGCUCUUAGAAGAUUCUUUGCAGGACAGUCCCCAGACGCGCUCCUUGCUCAGUGUGUUUGAGGAGGAUGCUGGGACUCUCACAGACUAUACCAACCAGCUGCUGCAGUCCAUGCAGAGGGUGUAUGGAGCCCAGAGUGAGAUGGGACUGGCCACCGAACAGCUUUCCAAGCAGCUCCUGGAAUAUGAGAAGAAAAACUUUGCUCUUGGAAAAGGUGACGAGGAGGUGAUCAACACACUACAGCAUUUUGCCAAAACUGUGGAGGAGCUAAAUGCUUUGCACUCUGAGCUGGCCACACAAAUGGCCGACAAGAUGGUGUUUCCCAUGAUUCAGUUCAGAGAAAAGGACCUCACAGAGAUAAGCACUCUGAGAGAGAUAUUUGGCAUUGCCACUGAUGAGCAUGAAGCAGCUAUGGUCAGGUACAGCAGACUGCCCAAGAAAAAGGAGAAUGAGAAGGUGAAGUCCGAGUUAGUGGGCGAGGUGGCCUACACUCGCAGGAAGCAGCACCAAGCGUCCAUGCAGUAUUACUGCGCCCUCAACGCCCUGCAGUACCGCAAGAGAGUGGCCAUGCUGGAGCCCAUGCUGGGAUACACACAGGCCCAGAUCAGCUUCUUUAAGAAAGGCAUUGAUCUGGUCUCCAAGAAAAUGGACACUUUCCUAGCCUCAGUAUCUACCAUGACACAAAGCAUCCAGGGCCAGCUGGAUUCCGAGGCAGAGGCCAUGCGUGCGUCCCAGCGAGAGCUGCUGUCUGUGGAGGACACAGUGUACAUGCCCGACCGCGACCCCGAGCCGGUCAACCGCACGCUCAUACAGAGGGCUGGCUACCUCAACAUCAGGAAUAAAACGGGCCUUGUCACCACAGCCUGGGAUCGGCUGUACUUCUUUACCCAGGGAGGGAAUCUCAUGUGCCAGCCACGCGGAGCAGUGGCAGGGGGUAUGGUCCUGGACCUGGAUAACAGCUCAGUCAUGGCUGUGGAGUGCGAGGACAGACGAUACUGUUUUCAAAUCACCUCACCCACUGGUAAAACAUCAAUGAUUCUACAAGCAGAGAGCAAGAGGGAAUAUGAGGAAUGGAUCUGCACCCUAAACAACAUCUCCAGACAAAUCUACCUGACUGACAAUCCCGAGGCAGUGGCCAUAAGACUGAACCAGACAGCCAUCCAGGCUGUCACCCCCAUCACCAGCUUUGAGAAGAGACAGGAAGGCUCUCCCAACCCAGACAGAGCUAAGCCUGGUGGGGUGCAGUCCUCCAGCAGCGCGUCCCAGAAUCCCCCUGGGGGCGCCGAACCGGAAGACCUCAUCGCCCCGGGCACACCCAUCCAGUUUGACAUCAUGCUGCCGGCCUCUGAGUUCCUGGACCAGAAUAGGGCUGGGGGCAGGCGCACAAACCCAUUUGGCGAAACGGAUGAUGACUGCUCCUCAGAAAGUGAUGACACCUUGCUACAGCAGGUGUUUGCAGUGCGUUUCCUGGGCUCCAUGGCAGUGCGAUCGGGCCACAACCAGGAAGUGAUCUAUGAGGCCAUGAGGCAGGUGCUGGCUGCACGGGCCAUCCACAACAUCUUCAAGACCACCGAGUCCCACCUCAUGGUCACCAGUAGCUGCCUCAGGUUAAUUGACCCUCAAACACAGGUCACACGGAUAAGUUUCCAGCUGCAGGACGUCAGCGUGUUUGCAGCCCACCAGGAGAACGGCCGGCUCAUGGGCUUCGUGGUGGAGGGGCGGGACUGGAGCGAGGGGGAGGAGGAGGGCCAGGCCUCCUUCAGCUCCUUCAUCUUCGAGAGUAACACCGAGGGAGAGAAGAUAUGUUACACGAUAAGUCUGGGGAAGGAUAUCAUAGAGGCCAAGAAGGACCCAGCCGCCCUGGCCCAGCUGAUGAAAUCGAUGCCCCUGACCAAUGAUGGCAAGUUCCUCCUCCUGGAUGCAGAGACCGGAGACACGGCAGCCGAGGCAAGCCAGGAGGACCUGGAGUCUGAGGCCUAGCCCUGCCACCCAGGACCAGAACCAGGAACCAGGAGCCAGGGCUGUGGGGAAAGGUGUCUCUUCUCCACUCUUAACCUCAGACUAUGGUCUGGUUCCCUGGCACCCAGAUUGAGUUUUUUAGAAGCAUGUUUUAUGACUCCUCCAUGAGUAUGCUUACUUACGUCAAAGAAGGCUUAACUUGGUGCACUGUGUCCUUAUCAAGAGCAGUAGUGAGGUACUUAAAAAAAGGGACACCCAUUAGGUACUGUAAAAGAAAAUCCAUUCCCUUGUUCGAACUUAGAUACAGUAAUGGUUUACCUGUGGACUGUUGAACCGUCAAGACUAAUAGUCAUACAUUUCAUAAUUUGUACUUCAGUGUUAGGCUACCGUUGUUUCUUUAUGAUUUAUUCUCAAGUCUGGUUGAGACCAAAACAGGACUGUAUGUAGGCCUUUGACAGCCCAUUUUACCUGUAGGUCUUUUCAUCAUUUAAAUACAUAUUCUUUGUUUUGUUCAUCAUUCCUGUAGGACAACGUUGCACUUCCAGGGUUUCUAGCUAUGUAAUCCAAACCUUGCUGUCUUUAGAAUGCACUAACUUCAGCUAGAGUACGGCUGUAUUGUGUGGAAAAACUCUAAUCUGAGUGAAGGAUGGACAAAUAUACUUUGUUUAAAUUAAGUCAUAGUUAGGUGUGUUCUUUUGACUUAAUCCUUACAUUCCUUGUGUCGGGUGUGAUUUAUGGAACUGGAAAAAACGAAGCUUGGAUCUUUUAUCCAUGGGAAUGGUUGGGACAUCAUGCAACCUUUCUGAAGCGAUGUGUGCGUGUGAAUGACUCGGAAGAAGCCAAGACCAAAUUCACAUGUGAAAAUAUUGUUUCUUAAAGAUUCUCGUUAGGAAAGUACAUUAAGAAUACCCUCCAUUGGUACUUUGACUCUUCCUGAUUGAUUAUAGGAAUGAUAGACAUUUGAUUUAUUUCCGAUAGAAGCCUUUGUAAAUACUGUACCGCAUAAACGUGUCUUUAAGAUGCUGAGACAGAUAGCUCCAAAUCAUAUCUGAUUCUGAUCUGAUAACUAUGCUAGAGGUGACACAAAGCAUGAUUAUGUUGUACUGUGCUCUGCACAGAUCCCGUCGUGCCCCGUCGGUUAGAAUUGAACUGAAACGGAGGCAAUCGACGACCCUUGAAACGAUUCCAUAAAUUGCAUGUAAAUAGACAGACAGAUUGUGGAGGAUUUAAUGAACCUAUUUACUCUCCUUAUGCCAGUAGAAUAAUUGAUUCAACAAUUACGGAAGGGCAGAAAACGAGUGGUGGCUCGAAUACGUCUCCCUCUGAGAGCUGACAACAUGCAGUCCUUACAGUUCCAAUGGUGGCCACUUGAGGUCGCUACUAGUUUCAUGUUUUUGUACAGUGUACUGGUAAUACAGGUGAAAGCCAUUGACUUAGCGUUGAACGUGAGGUUAUUUUGUGCUGACCAGUGUGUGCUUGCCUGCUUGCUUUGGCCCUUGUUUAACAGCUGUGACAUGGUUUUCAAGUUAACUGCAGCAUGUUCUCAGAAUGGGUGUUGUUUUGUCUGGGAAGGCCUCUCCAUUGUGGUCAAUGGAGGUGGAUUAUCAAUGACACUGCAUAUUGUGAUUCAAGGAUGUGUGCCGUUCAAUGGUGAAAAACGCUUUCAUUUGUAAACGAUUUCUGUCCUUUUGCCAGACCCUUGAACUAACAGAUCUGAGUCAUCAAAUCAUUCCCCUCCUCCUCUUUCAUCCCUCCCUCCAACCUCCACCGCACCUCCCAUCCCCUCCCUCCUACUUCCAACAC